AUAUAUUAAAGAACGUCUUUUUCACUCUUCCGGUAACUACUUGAGACCGCCCAAAUAUUCGCUCAGAGUUCUCCGUCGUUCACUUUUCAGUCUGUUCAUUGUCCAACACGGAAAAUCUGCAAAUAACAAUGAAGACUUUCUUAUUUCUCAGCUUUUACUUAAGCAUGGGAUCAGCCACACAAUGGAUCACACCAGGAGCCCCGUUUUUACCAGAAUGUGGGAAAAACCAAAAACGAGUGGCUUGUGGUUAUGAUUGUGAACCACAAUGCGGAUUUGAUCCAACUGUAUGCAGUUUGGAGUGUAAACCGAACGCUUGUGUUUGUAAGGAUGGCUACGUGAGGAACACAAAAAAUGAUUGUGUCCGUCGACUUGAAUGCACUGCAGAAACAUCCAGAUGUCCAGAAGAUGAAGUAUUCCAGACUUGUGGAACACUUUGUCAACCAACUUGUGAUGACCCGUACCCAACAUCUUGUGAACAUGAUCGAUGCAUCCGGAAUGUCUGCCGAUGCCUUCCAGGAUUGGUCAGGAAUAGUGGAACCUGUACAAGUUUAGAUGAAUGUGACAAUUCUCCGGCUCGGCCUUUGGAGCUUUUCACGUUGUAGUUGUUUUUUUUUUGUUAUUGAUUGUCAUACAUUUUUCAUGUCAUUAUCUCUCUCGUGUGUCACAUUCAAAUUUAUUUGAGCUAAUCUCAAGGCUAAGAACAAUUGUUCAAUUUUUUGAAUUACCAAUAAACAUGUAGUAUUUUUGAAG